GAGUGGUGAAUUGAGAGCGUCUCUGCUGCUGUGCAGCUCUCCGGGACCCUGAGUGGUGAAUUGAGAGCGUCUCUGCUGCUGUGCAGCUCUCCGGGACCCUGAGUGGUGAAUUAGAGCGUCUCUGCCGCUGUGCAUUGCUACGCAGCGAUGCGUGCCCCACUUGUGCUGCUCGCGCUCCUCGCCGGCGGCAGCCGGGCGCUCGCACCGCGCCCGGUCGCGCUCGGCCUCGUCAAGUACGCGCACAACGCCUGCUGCUGCGUCGUCGACGCGACGACGGGACGCCUGCUCUUCGCCGGCGAGAAGGAGCGACUCACGCGCGUGAAAAAUGACGGCGGCUGCGUCGGCGAUUUGGUGCGGCACGCGCUCCAGGCGUGUCAACGGACGCCGGAGGACGUCGUGAGUGUCGUGGCGAACGACCACCACCGGCCCGUACAAGAGACGGAGGCCGCGGCGAUCCGCGCGUCUAGGUUAGGCAUUUCGUCGCUGAUGGAUCCGGUGGACGUCCGCGACCCGUGCAACUUCUGGGACAUGCAGCGGGAGAUGUCGCAUCAUCGAGCGCACGCGCUCGGCGCCGUCGCGACGUUCGGGACUGCAGAAUGCGGUUUAGUUCUGUGCAUGGACGGGAUGGGCGACCGUGCCAAACGCUUCCGCGGGUCUGAUGCGGCUCAUAUUCGCGAUUCCAUGACGGAGUGCGUCCACGUCCUCAAUAGUGGGCAAGUGGCGUGGAAGGACGUUCCAGAUUCCGCGAGGGAGUGCGAGACAAUCUACCGGGAGGACCACGGUUCCCUAACACCCAUCUUCAAGCGCUGGUGUCACACACAACCAGAAAACGACCUGCUCAACGCCUACGGGGACUGGUUCGCGUCACCCCUAGAUUCGUUGGGGGCCGGCUACUCGCACGCGUCCCACUUGAUAUUUGGGGACUGGAACGCCUGCGGCAAGGUCAUGGGCCUCGCGCCCUGGGGUGCUGCUUCCAGCCAUUACGACGCGGGCUGGGGGUCGGCGACCAGAAACUCCUGGGCGGCGCGCGUCGCGGAGGCUUCGCUAGAAGACCGCCCGCGGAUUUAUGACGGUGCCGUCUGGCCUUGUUCAGGUGAGGAGGGGUUGAGGGUGGACCGGGAGGCCCUCGUCGCCAUUCUGGACGCCUCAUCAAAGAAACUCGACCCGUCGAUCGCCUUUCCCGUCAAAAAUCUUUGGAAGACAGGAGACGACGUCCACAGGGCCUGCGGCGCGGUGUUAGCCCAUGCGAUCCAGCAAGAUUUGGAAGACGUGGCGCUGGACUUCGUAAAGAAGGCUAGAAAUGAAGUCCCCGACGGACGUCGUAUCAUACUCUGCGGCGGCGUGGCCCUGAACUCGGUGCUCAACGGGAAGAUAGAGGGCAUGUUUCCCGACGUGGACGUGCUGGUGCCGCCGGCGCCGGGCGACGAGGGCUGCGCGCUCGGCUGUGCGGUGGCUGCACUAGAUUCGAUUCCGGACUUCUCUCGCGUCUUACCGAGGGCCGGCGCGGCGCCGGACGCGCCGGACGAGGCCCUAUCUCAUUUUGGCGAGUGGCUCGACAUGGAACGGAUCGAUGAUAACAAACUGAUUGAUGAAUGCUCGGAGAUGAUCGCCAAGGAAAAUACAAUAGUGUUCUGGUUCGAAGGCAGAUCAGAGUUCGGGCCGCGGGCGCUCGGCCACCGGUCGAUCAUCGCGCCGGCGACGAGAUGUGAUACGGUGGAUUUUAUCAAUGAUGUUGUGAAAGGUCGGGAAGAUUUUCGGCCCCUGGCGCCGGCGGUCUUGGCGGAGGAGGCUCAUGAAUGGUUCGAGGGUGGCUGCCGAGCGUCGCCGUUCAUGUCCCGGGUCUGGGUGUUGAAAGAGGAGGCGGCUCGGCGAGUGCCCGCUUGCGCGCAUGUGGAUCGCACCGCGCGGCCGCAGACAGUUGGUGAGAACGAGGUAGAUAUCGCCCGGUACCGUCGACUCAUCCAGGGCGUGUUUCGUUUAAUAGGUGUGCCCAUCGUCCUGAACACGUCGUUCAACACGAAGCCAGGCGAGCCGAUCGUGGAAACGACAAGGGGGGCGAUAGCGUCUUUUCUAGCUGCGGCGGCGCGCGGCGCGGGAGCUUGGGAUCUGGUUUUGUGUUUUCCCGGGAUUCUGGUGCGAAGCCGCCCGUGCCCUAUCGACGACGAGGGCCGCUUCGAGGACGCGGCGCGGUCCCUUCCUGUCAAACGCCACGAUGAUUGGGAGGUGCGCGAGAUAUGGAAUGAUGAUGGCGCGUCGCAGACGCUGUACGUGAGGGACCUCGACGAGGCCCUCGAGGACGCGGACCGGACGGGCCGCGGGAGUCAUGUCUUUCUGGACGAGCUCGAAUGUAGGAUUUAUGGAUUGUGCGACGGCGGUUUGAGCGCCGAGGAGAUCGCUUCAUCUAUCCUUGAUGAAUUAGAUGAAGACGAAUCAGACGAGGUUACAAGAGAGGACGUCUAUCUGCGACUCGCGCGGCUCUGGCGGAGGACGCUGAUUCGACUCAUGUUGUAGUCUGCGGCGAUGGCGAUGAGGAGACACGUUGGACGCCAUCGGCGCGACAUCUGUGCGCUGGCGUGGCUGCGGCGAUGGCGUGCGUCGAACCCUUCACGCCGUCGCCGCGACGUCUCGGACUAAUAAUGUUGUGACACAAUACUCAGAG